AUGCUGGCCGCCCCAAGCAAAAAUAAACUACACCUCUUUCCACCGGGAACAAAAAAGAAAAAGUCCGACAUGCUCGGCGGGCCGGCGGUCGAGUGCGAUAGAAGGACAGGUCGGCUCGAGGGCCGCUCGACGAUCGUGACCGGUGCCGCGUCGGGCAUGGGCGCCGCCUCGGCCAAGCUCUUUGCGGCCGAAGGCGCGAAGGUCGCGGUGGUGGACGUCAACGCCGCCGGCGCCGAGGCUGUCGCGGCCGAGAUCCGUGCAGCGGGCGGCGUCGCGAUCGCUGUGUCGGAAGCGGUCGCGGCGGCGGAGGCUGCGCACGGGCCGUGCGUCUGCCUCUUCAACCACGCGGGAGGGCUGUCGGUCAAGCCGUUCCUCGACCUCACUUUGGCAGAGUGGGACGCCCUCUUCGCGAAGAACGUCACGUCCAUGUUUCUGAUGACGCGCGCGGUCCUCCCGGGCAUGCUCAAGGCGGGCGGCGGCGCCAUCGUCUGCACCUCCUCCAUCUCUGCUGUGUUCGCGACGCCGGGCGAGGUGCUGUACGACGCGUCCAAGGGGGCGUGUCACAUGUUCGCUAGGGCGGUGGCGGUGGAGUUUCGCGACCGCGGCGUGCGGUGCAACACCGUCUGCCCCGGCUUCGUCGACACGCCACACGGGCGCAAGGAGAUCCGCGAGCUCACUGCGCUCGGCGUGCCGGCAUCGGAGCAGGACAUCGCUGAGGCGCAGGGCCGGCUCGGGCAGCCCGACGACAUCGCCAAGGUCGCCCUCUUCCUCCUCUCGGACGACUCCAGCUUCGUCACCGGAUCGCACGUCUUCGCAGACGGCGGCUUUAGCGCGGUGUGAGACCGAAAUAGGGGUUAGGUGAGUUGUGUAUAUUUAUUUGAUUUGAGUUUG